UUCGAUCGGCCGUCUGGUGAGAAAAUGCUGUGGAGAUGAAUCCUUGCAAGUAAGCACAUCCUAUUAUCAGACAACACAAGCUUUAUAAGGCGGCCGCAAACUCUUGGUUCGCUUACGUAACGCCGUUUUUUCCGUAGUCGUCGACAACACUGGACUGGUUAACCGCCAGCCCAUGGUGGACACAGACUACGACUCGUCAUUGAUGUCCUUGCUCCUGAUUCUUGCCAUCCUUAUCUUCGCAGGUCUAGGAUGGUGUUUCCUGUCAUCAUGCAUGGGAACACCCCUGCUUCGUUCAUUAUCUGACCUAUGGAACCUCAUGGUUCUAUCUGGUUCAACGACUGAUACUGCCAGCUCAAGAAGAAGGAGAGCACUUGGGGAAGAUAAUAUGUGGGAGAUGACGGACUACAGGAGAGGACCGUGAAAAACUUCCUCCAGAUUUACCGCAUGGAAAAUACAUCUUGG